UCCCAGAUUCCCACCGCGACAUCCGCACUGUGGAAAACGAAAUUGCCUGCUCGAAAACGACGUCGUGCUUCAAACCGCUCAUGUGCAAAUAUGGAGGCAACGAAGAAGAAGCAAUCCAAUCUGUGACGAUUAGCGGCGGCCAGGGUUUUGAAAUCAAAUCAGAGCAUAAGAAAUUGCUUGUAGCAUUUUGGAUCGCGUAAAUAGCAGUAUUGAACCAUGCUUCAUUGGAAGAAUUCAACCCGAGAAACCUACUAUGAUGUUUUGUCUGUAAAAGAAGAUGCUAGUUAUGUAGAAAUCCGGACAAGCUACCGAUCUGCCAUACUCAAUUAUCAUCCUGAUAAAUUGCAAAAUACAUGUCAGGCAUCUGAUCCUGAAGAUGAAUCGGAAGAUAGAUUUAUGAAGGUGCAGAAGGCUUGGGAAAUCCUUGGGAACUCCAUUUCUCGCGCAGUUUAUGAUAGCAAGCUGCGAGCUUUGAGGCAAGACACUGAAGUUUCAGAAGAUAUCAGUUUAGAGGAAAUGAUGGUUGAAGACAAUGGAGAAAUCUUUGAGAUGUUUUACCAGUGCCAAUGUGGUGAUUAUUUUUCCAUUGAUUCAUCGGAGUUUGAGAAAAUGGGAUACACAUUAUCGAGGGAUGAGAGCCAGAUAUCAAUCGAGAAACCCGAUGCUUUACCAGCAUCAGUUGUUCUUCCUUGUGGUUCUUGUUCACUACAAGUUCGUCUUUUGAUUAAUGCAGGCAUUAAGGUACCGAUCGGUGAUAAUUUGUAAUAUGUCUCGCGGUAGAUAUUCUUUGGCUGAUGGUUCAUCCCUUGGUCUGAUUUUGCAUGAUUGUUGCAAGAAACACAGGAAAAUUCAAAUCCUCUCGAUGAUAUUCCUCCAUUUUUGUUCCCUUGUAAGCUAAAUGCUCGAGAAGGAAAGAAUGUGCAAGUGACGAAGUGGACAUUUACAGACAGGAACGUGGUCAUGUUUGAUGACAUGAAUUGCAUUCGCUUGUUAACUGAGAAGUUAAAGUGGAAGUUCUGCAGCA